AUGAAAGCAUGUUAAUUCAUUUCUCUGUCUACUUAUCUAGUAGUCUCGUAAAUGAAACAUAAUGUCCCUGCGUAAAAAAGGAAAUAUUAUUGAAAUCAACAAUAAGGUGGUUGGUGAUAAAUAUCCUGUGUUUUUUAUAGCAGAAAUUGGACAAAAUCACCAAGGAGAUAUCAGCAUUGCUAAAAAAUUGAUCGAUGAAGCCAAGAAAUCUGGAGCAGAUUGUGUCAAAUUCCAAAAAACUGAUAUCAACGAAAAAUUCACAAAGAGCGUUCUAGAUUCACCAUAUGAAGGUUCGAAUUCUUGGGGCAAUACCUAUGGUCAGCACAAACAACACCUCGAGUUUUCUAAUGAAGAGUUUCUUGAGUUACAAAAAUAUGCAAUUAGUAAAGAUAUCCUCUUUACUGCUUCAGCGAUGGAUAUUGAAUCCUUCCGUUUUUUGAAGAGCAUCAAUGUACCAUUCAUAAAAAUUGGAUCAGGAGAUGCCAAUAAUAUACAGCUAUUAAGGGAGGCCACGAAAUAUUCAGGACCUCUGGUUAUUUCCACCGGUAUGCAGCCAUUCGAACUCGUCAAAGAAGUAUACGAUUUCAUGAAACAUAAUGGAAAAAGAAAUUUUGCAUUAAUGCAUUGCAUAUCUUCUUACCCCACACCUUUAGAAGACAUCAACUUGCGCGUUAUUGAACUCUAUAAAAGGAGAUUUCCUGACAUUGUUAUUGGUUAUUCUGGGCACGAAAUAGGUAUUGAGGUAUCUAUAGCUGCCACAGUUAUAGGAGCUCAGAUAAUAGAAAGACACAUAACAUUGGAUCAACACCUAAAAGGAUCUGAUCAUAGAUGCUCUUUAUUGCCUGAACAAUUUCGAGAUAUGAUAGAAAAAAUAAGAAAUGUUCAAAUUUCAUUGGGAGUACCAAAGAAAAUUCUCACUCCUUCUGAGAUCCCAUGCUGGAAUAAACUGGGAAAAUGCCUUGUCGCCUCUAAAAACUUGAAAAGGGGUGACAUAAUUCAAGAGGGAGAUCUGAAAACAAAAGUUUCCAACCCAGAAGGAGUUAAUGCUAUUUUUUAUGAUGGUCUCAUUGGUUCUGUAUUGAAACGAGAUCUGAGUCCAGAUGAUGUUAUAUUCAAUGAUGAUUUUGAACGAUCAUAAAAUAUAUAUUCACUAGGAUCUUUGUGAAAAUCUUUCAAUAAAACAUUAGAAACUUGAGGCUUCUUGAAAAGUAUUCACUCAAAAAUAAACAAAAAAACUGAGAAUGGAAAAAUAAUUAUUAUAAAAUAAAUCAAAUAAAAAUA